AUGGUUGCCUUCGAUUAUAUCAGCGUGUUUGAUAGUUGCCCCAUGAGUCUUAGGGAUAUUCGGACCGUGCAGAGCGAGGAAUGCGGAUCAGUUAGAUGGGCACUUUGGUCAUUUGUGCUUGGUACUCGCCAGGUGUCGGACACGCACAGGGUUCGGCUCAGAUUCCAAAGUGGAAUUUGGGUCGAGUCCUGUCACAAGUUCUCUGCUAAGUUACCACAUUCUGCUUAUAAGGAGUAUUGGCUUGAUUUUCAUAAAACCAUAUGCGAUAUUGACAAUAAGGAUGAGUUUGAUGCAAAGUGGAAUAUUGUGGUUACAAAGUCUGGUUUGAUUGACCAUCCAUGGCUAAGUUUAGUGCUUGAUUUAAGGGAAUCUUGGGUUCCAGCCUACGUAUAA